AUGUCCAACGGUCUUACUAUCAACACAUCUCUCGACAAGGACCGCCAGUUACAACUUCUACUCGAACGACAAGCCGAGAUCACUGCUCAGAAUGCCGACCUCCAGGCCCAGAUAUCUGCCCUCCAACAACAAUCACAGGUGUCGACCAGUGCUCCCUCCCCUUCCUACCUGCAACACCAGCGGACCCCGAUAAACAAGAACCACCUCCAGCGAAAUGUAAAUGUAUCGCGCAGUGCUGGGCCUACCAUGGCGAGACAACUCUCUGACCAAGCCCCAUCCCAGCGAGCAAGAGCCCUCUCCCAACGGUCCCUAUCGUCAACCUCGAUGGCCAGAAAGAACUCGAGAGGAAACACGUCUGCGCGAAGCGGUAACACCCCGUUCAGCCAAAACGGCAACACGAUGCCUCGUCCAUUCCGGUCCGAGCAACCCCGCGAUGACAACUCUAUGGACACCUGGAUGGACAACAGCACCUACACCCUCAGCCAUCAACCUCAGGGGCUCCAACGAUCGGUAUCGCAACGUCACGAGCUUCCGCAGGUACCCGAGUUAGAUCUCGGGCCUCUGGGUGAGAGUCCUAACGACUACAUUACGAGAAUAAUAGGCACGCCAACGCUCGCAGUCUCUCCACCAUUCUCGACACAUUCAUCAGCAACACUCGGCAGUCAUCAUGCCAGCAACUCAUUCAACAUCGCAACACCGACCACACCAACCACCGACUCUCUCACGACGGGUACAACCCUUGCAAGUAUGAGUCGAGAAAACAGUCUGUGCAAUGAGCGUGUGCUCGAAAGUUUCCCCAUGAUGCAUCUCAAUUCGAAUACUUCUUAUUCCUCUGAUGUCAAUGCUGAUCAAUUUUUGUAUGAUCAAGUUUCUCUUACAUCUGUCAAUCGUUGCAACCGCUAUUCGUCGAGCGAAGAGCAGAACCAAAUCUUACUUGGGGCUGGUGGUGUCAGUCAUGAUUCUUUUUCACAUUCUUUUUCUUCUGCAGAUACCUUUCCCUCAGUUUAUCUUGGUGAGAAGAUGGAGAAAACCCAGUCGAACGAAAGUACUUCGUCGACUUCAUCUUCCGCUUCUCGAAGUAAGCAGCGCCUGCAAAAUGCUAUUGCAGCUGCUGAGGCGCGACCACUUCAACCAAAAGGUGGAAGUGUAGAGACAGUCAUGUCUCGUGAAAACUCAUCACGAUCGAUACGAAUCGAGUCAAAGAACGUGUUGUCAGACAACAAGAUGGCUCUUCAUGCCAAGCCAAGCUAUCAACGCCCAAAACAUGAUCGAGUAUAUUGCAAGCAGUGUGAAAGUCAUCCUGAGGGAUUUCGUGGCGAGCAUGAAUUGAGAAGACAUCAAGAUCGUGAGCAUAAAUCUAUGGUCAAGAAAUGGGUUUGCAUCGAGCCUUCGGGUAAUGGGCAUCCCAAACCUGAAUUGCCUUUGUCAAAAUGCAAGGCAUGUGGUCAACAGAGAAAGAAAUACGGAGCAUAUUAUAAUGCCGCCGCACAUCUUCGUCGCACACAUUUCAAGCCAAAGGCCAAGGGUCGUGGCAAGAAUAGCAAGGUUGAUGAUGGUGAGAAGCGUGGUGGAAAGGGUGGUGGUGAUUGGCCUCCUAUGUCUGAGCUUAAGCAUUGGAUGAAAGAGGUUGAGGAAGCUGUACCGGAUUUUUCUCUAUAUCCAGAAGAAGACGCGGCUGAAUCAGAUGACGAAGAGAACCCCGACGGCCAAUAUGACGAAUACAGCAGCCCUUCUCAACCUGUCGCCAGCACAUCGAACUACAACUACCCAUACAUGUCCGACAUCACCCUUCCCACCUCCACCAACACCGACGCCUUUAACGAGAUGAACCUCGACCUCAGCCCUCACGAUUCAAAUGUCGGCACCUCGCCAAUAUACGGUCAAAAUCACUUUCAACAAUAUUCUCUGUCGAACUCAAAUGUCGUUCCCCAAUUCGGGAAUGACGCGAUGGCUUUGAAUAAUUUCUUUGAACAUCCUAUCCCUCAGGGAUAUGAUGAAGCGGUGUACUCUUCUUAUUCUUCUUCUAGCUUCUGA